AGCAGCUUCUCUCAAUUUUGAAUUAGUUUACAAAGCGGUCACAGUCUGAGUUUUGCUGUGACCAAUGAUACCGCAUGUCCCCUGAAAUUCACUUUGCUUGAAAAACAACUGCACGACUCUGAGUUCCCAAUUCCACUGAGAGUCACGCCCACCAGGCUUGAAACGGCCAACAUUCACAAUGGCUCCCUCAAAGAGAACCGGGAAGCAGAAGUCGUCCAAUACAUCGACUUCAUCCGGCAACAAUGGCAACCCCCCUGCGCCGUUCAAACGCCCUCCGGAGGUGCUGGCGCCCUUCAUCAGCGAGCUCUCGGAGAAGCACGUCUACAUCACGCACAUUGACGCCAAGCCGCCGGCCUUCAAGCGCAAGAUGUUUCUCGUACCCGUCGCCAUGAACGUGGCCGUUGUGGCUCUGUUCGCCUGGCGCAUGUACCACAUCCUGCCAUGGUACUGGAAGCUCCUCAUGUCGCUCUGGGGCCACCCCAACGAGACGACGUUCCCCUUCCAGGAGGCGACGUGGUCGGAGCUGGCAUGGGAGGUUUGGAAGCGCGGAAUUGUCAUGUUUAUCGACUUCAUGCUGUUUGUCUUCGUGUGGCCGUGGCCUGUGGAGUUUGCGUUUGGCAGGUCGCAUGGAAACCCGACGCGGUGGCGAUUCAAUGUUGGAUUCCGGGACAAGGAGAUUUACGUCCGUCGCAGCAGAGACUGGGACCUGAUGCUGCGCGACAUCUUCAAGGAUGCCAAUUCGAAAAAGAUCCUGCUCGCCUAUACUCAGCAGGCAACAUCGCCCAUACUGCAGGAGCAAAAGACUGGCUAUCUGCUGAUGAAUGACAAAUGGGACCUGGACUGGAACCUCAUGGUCCUGGCCCAUAAGCUUGUGGAUAAAAAGGAGGUUGCCCUCGAGGCGUUUAGGAACGUCAUUUUGGUAUUCCACCAAGACUACGGCUGGAUCUGCCACGAUCUCAAGAUGGGCAUAGCUGCCGAGGAAGAUGAGAAGAGAAGACAGAUUUUUGUCUUCCGAGAUGUGCUCACGGCCAUGGGCAAAGAAAACCUCUUUUACCGAUGGAUCGAGGUUGUGCAAUUUGAGUCAACUCAGCCAGGAGGAUUUGGCCCCGAGAAGCAAGAAGCUGCGGCGAAGAAGAUCCGUGAGAUGUUUGAGGCUGAAAACAUCAACUUCGAUGAGCUGUGGAAGGAGGCUGUCGGUACGAAUCCAUGAAGAAUGAUAUUUUGGUCGGCGGCCAAUAGGGCCAAAGAAAUGAAAUACGCAUUUGCAUACAUUUUGGAGUUGACGAAAGGCGGUAAUGUGGGAGCAUUGGCAUAUGACAUGCAUACCGUCCAUUUGAUGUAUUCAAGUUGUCUACAUUUUCUAUAUCUCAAUAUUACAGCAUCGAUAAG